UUGUUCGUGGUUGGUUCGUUUUGUGUUGCUGUCGCUCGGUCGCAGCGCCUCGUCGUACGUUGUACACACACUACGUCUGUCAAGAGUUCGCCUCGCCCGCCGUUUGCCGUUUGCCGUUUACCGUUUGCAGUGUCUCAGAAAUUGUUUUGCAUGUCGUCGCCGCGCUACGCGUUUGUCGCUGCCGUCGCGUCAAUUGCACAGAUUUCGACCAAAAAAUCUUAUGUAAAAUAUAUAGCUAUAUAAGGCAAUAUAUUGUUGUGUACUGUUAAGUGUAAAUGCUAAUUAACAACAACAACAACAACAAGUGGCAACAACAACAACAAGAGUGCAACAGCAGCAGUUAACAAGUGCAACAUUUAAGUUUUGUCAUCAAAGUGUGCGCGCCAAAGGAUUUACACACACAUACACAAACACCAACACACACGCACACACACGUACACACGCGCGUUUUAGUUUUUGCAUUCAGCGACCAAAAACACAGCCGCCAAAAUUCUUGAUAAAGUGGCCUCAAUAGGCGCCAACACGCUCAAUUUCACGGAUCUAGGGAGCCCCUACGAGGGGCCUCCCAGCACACCACAGUCGGGCAUGGAUGCGCCGGACGCACCACACACGCCCAAAUACAUGGACGGUGGCAGCACCGUGCCCUCCUCCGCCAGCAUCACGCCCGGCGUCAACAUACCCGGCAAAUCCGCCUUUGUCGAGCUACAGCAACAUGCCGCCGCCGGUUACGGCGGCAUACGCAGCAGCUAUCAGCAUUUUGCUCCGCAAGGCGGGCAGGACUCCGGUUUUCCCAGUCCGCGCGGCGCCCUCGGCUAUCCAUUCCCGCCCAUGCAUCAGAAUUCCUACUCCGGCUAUCACUUAGGCAGCUACGCGCCGCCCUGUGCCAGUCCACCCAAGGAUGACUUUUCAAUCUCCGACAAAUGCGAGGACUCCGGCCUACGCGUCAAUGGCAAGGGCAAGAAAAUGCGCAAGCCACGCACCAUUUACAGUUCACUGCAGCUCCAGCAACUGAAUCGUCGCUUUCAACGCACCCAAUAUCUGGCGCUGCCCGAGCGCGCCGAAUUGGCCGCGAGUCUGGGCCUAACGCAAACGCAGGUCAAAAUUUGGUUUCAAAAUCGUCGCUCCAAGUACAAAAAAAUGAUGAAGGCAGCUCAGGGCCCCGGCACCAAUAGCGGCAUGCCACUGGGCGGCGGUGGACCCAAUCCUGGUCAGCAUAGUCCUAAUCAAAUGCACAGCGGCGGUAAUAACGGUGGUGGCUCUAACAGCGGCUCACCUUCACAUUAUCUACCUCCCGGACAUAGUCCAACGCCAUCAAGUACGCCUGUGUCUGAGUUGUCACCUGAAUUCCCACCCACGGGUUUAAGUCCGCCAACGCAAGCGCCAUGGGAUCAGAAACCUCAUUGGAUUGAUCAUAAGCCACCGCCGCAAAUGACGCCACAGCCACAGCCACCUCAUCCAGCGGCGCCGCAUCCGCAGACGCAUCACCACAAUCCGCCACCACAAAUGGGCGGUUAUAUGCCGCAGUAUUGGUAUCAGCCCGAAACGAAUCCAUCAUUACUAACCGUGUGGCCAGCGGUUUAACAGCAUCAGCAGCCCAAUCAGCUGCCCCCGCCACAUGCCGCUUGGUCGCAGUCAGCGUCGGCUCACUGCUAUGAGUCCAGGCUAAGCGCUGAAUUGCAACUGCAGCAGCAACAGCAGCAGCAGCAACUUUUGCAGCAGCAACAUUUGGUGGGGAGCGUGCCGGGGCAGUGACAAUGUGACACACAAUAUACAUUCUAUAUGUUAGCCAAUAAUUCUGUAUGUUGAUACGCAUAAUACGCAUUGUAAAAUAAUUUUAAUAAUUAUACACAUAAAAUUUAUGUAAAU